UUCGCUGGGACUUUCAGUGCUGUGUGAUCAUAAAACGGUGUUAGACGUGUUUCGGUUUCCCUCUAUUCAAAAAAAAAGUAAUCCCAAGGGAACCCUGAAUAUAAAAAAAAAAAUCACAAAUAAAUAGAAACAGCAUAUGGUUGAGUGAUACGAACAAAUGGAUAUUAUUACGGCAGUGACAAGAACUCAAGUGCUAGAUAAACAGAGUCAGACUAAAGAACUGUAAACAGAAUCCAUCGGAAUUCAGAAUUCAAUAACAAAAAGUGUUUAAAAAAGUCAAUAAAAGUAUUAACCACUAAACGGAACAGAGAUUCCACAGAAGAUUGGACUUCAAUCAUCGAUUGGACACACAAUUGAUACAACACUCAGAAGAAUGAAAUUAAGACUUUUGCGCUGUUUGCGCCCACAACCUUCAAAGCAGGCGGCGAUCGGACAGAAGGAGUCGGAGCUCCAGGCGGUUCACGAUCAUCACUUGCUCAAGGACAUGUCCAAGUCACCGUUCCGCGAUACCCCCGUCAAGAUCCUGCUCCUGGGCACAGCCGAGUCGGGCAAGACCACCAUCAUCAAGCAGAUGAGGAUACUCCACAUCAAUGGAUUCACGGACAAUGAACGGCGUGAAAAGAUACCCGAGAUCUACCAGAACAUCCACGACAGCAUCCUGCAGUUGGUGGGUCAAAUGGGUGUCCUGGGAAUCGAUUUUGGGAGCUGCACCAGCGAACGAUCGGCCGACUAUAUCCUCUCCCUGCCCGGCCUGGCCCCCGAAUGGCCCAUGAAUGAGGAGUACUGCGAUCACGUCAUGGCUCUUUGGAAUGAUGUGGGAAUCCGCGCCUGCUACAAUCGCUCGAAUGAAUUCCCCCUCCUGGACAGCGCCAAAUAUUUCCUGGACAACUUUGAACGAAUCAGCAAUGUGGAUUACAUACCCAGCACCGAAGACAUCCUGCACAGCCGGAAGAUCACAACUGGCAUCUCGCAGAUCUCCUUCCGUGUGUCCAUCCCCAAGAGCAUGGGUGGUGGCGAGCAGGAGUUCCGCAUGUACGAUGUGGGUGGCCAGCGGGAUCAGCGGAAUAAGUGGAUCCAGGUCUUCGAAGGCAUCCAGGCGGUGUUGUUCCUCAUCUCAUGCAGCGAGUUCGAUCAGAAUCUGCGCGAGGAUCCCACCCAGAAUCGACUGCAGGAGGCCCUUAAGCUCUUCAGAGCUGUGUGGCAGAAUCGCUUCCUGGCCUCCGCCGGCCUGAUAGUGUUCCUCAACAAGUACGACAUCAUGGAGCGGAAGAUCCGGGCUGGCAAGCAUAUUGUGGACUACUUCCCCGAAUACGAGGACUUCUGCAAGCGACCGCAGCAGGACAAUUGCUUCGAUGAGAGCGACUGGACGAAGCUGUUCAUCAAGCAGAAACUGGUGGACAUCACCCAGGAACCCUUCAAGCGCCACUCCCGGAAUCAGGUCGAUAUGGGCACCUCGGAACGGGAGUGCUACUAUCACUUCACCGUCGCCACGGACACAGGCUGUAUCCGGGAUGUGUUCUGCGACGUCCAGAAGAUGAUCCUCUCGGAGAACGUGGCCGGAACGAGCCUGUUAUAGAUCGUUCGCCUCUCAGAAAUAAAAAAGAGGGACUUCCCCACGUCCCCGCCCAACUGUGAUCUAGUAGGAAUUACCUUAAGUAGCCAUGUAAGGAGCCUUAGGUCGUAGUGGCAUCGGACCAGUCAUUGGUUAUAUGUUGCCUGGUAUAACGCUUUAAUAAAUUAUACUUAAAUUCAAUAUUUAAUUUCAAUUGUUGAGAGAGUCCUUUAAGGAAUUAUCUCACUUCUCUAUAACUUAAUGUUUAAAUUCGUCUAUAAAUUGUAAAAUAAAAUGAAAGCGCACUACCGCCAACCUGGAAA